UAAUUCACAAAACCAAUCGAGCAGAAAAGGCGUGGAAAUCACAUCAAGUUUUUUUUUGAUUCAUGAGAAGUGUAACCUAAGAGAUGGAUUUGAAAAGUGCAUUAUGGGAAUUGCAACGAAUCAUAAGUGCAGAUGGAUCCCACAAUAUUCUGAAUGUAUCAGUUAAUGCUGACGCAAAAACAAUCAACAGAGCCUAUCGCAACCUAUGCCGACAUGUGCAUCCAAACAAUGGCAGAAUUCUGCGACACUUCCAAGAACAUCCAGACUAUGAAGUUAAAUUCACCAAAGCUUUUCAAAAAGUUUUGGAUGCAUAUGGGACGCUGAAGAAAAAUUUGAACAGCAACGAAAGCAAUCUAAGACACAGCUAUAGUAGUGAUGACGAUAAUGAUGACGGCAGUGGUGACGAUAAUAAUGGCGGCAGUGGUGAAGAUAAUAAUGGUGGCAAUUAUGGCAGUGAAGAUGAAAAUAAAGGUGCAAGGGAUUAUUAUAGCAAUAAUCGUAACGGUGUCAGAUCAGAUGGGCAUAUACAUUGGUGGGAGACAUUGAUUGGAUGUAACAUCUUUGGCUGGUCGCCCGUUGUAUUGCUUAUCAUUUUCCCGCUAGUCGCGUCUGUCCUGUAUAUUACCGUUGCAUCUUUAUUUGCGCCGAAUCCAAUUUUUCGUUUGAAGCGGGACUCGGAGUACGUGACUAAAUACCAAACCGAAUUCGGGAAAAUCCAAUAUUUCGUCCAAAAUGAUGCUCGGUUUAGAGUUAAAUAUCAAGAAAGGUACGGCUCAUGGAACGAGCUCGAGUGGGACGUAAUCACUGCUUAUGAACACAAGAUGCACGUGAAAUGCAAUCGGGAGCGUAAUAAGGACAAAUUGCUAGAAGAGGCUCGAAUUUCUGGUAAUAGGAAGACCUACAUGGAAGCGACAUCGAAAGGAACUCCGUCAUGCGACAAGCGUCAAAAAAUCGCAACUUGGAAGCAAUCAAAUCCGCUACAUUGGAAGAAAUGGAACUCUUUUUUGAAGUUUCUGAAUUUGUCUUAAAUUCUUUGUAGAUGUAUAUUAAUCAAAAACCUAUAACGGACGGAUCUCUGCGACGUCGACAGAGACGACACAUAAGAAGCAAUAAUUUGUGAAUGGUGAUGGGUAAUUUUUUAAAUAAAAGGUUUGUUAAGCCUUCAUUCGCUAGUUCACAUUCUGUUCAAAUAUCGAAAAUAAAUAAGGAAUUA